AUGGAUGAUCUGGACGUUCUGGCCCGGGACUUCGGGCUCGGGGCCCGUGGGAAAUCUAAUCCGAUGAGGUCUGCACCCUCUGAUCGUCGACCCAUUGACGAUCCAUUGUUCGGCGAUGUUUUCGGUGGGCAGCCAAAACAUGCAGCGAGCUCGAAUCCCAGUAGUAAGAAGAAUAAUCACUCGUCAGUGAAUGAUUUUGAUUAUGAUUCCAUUUUCAAGUCUUCAGCUGCUAGCGAGCUCAAGAACGGUAAUAACAGCAGCAGUAAGUCGUCCUCGUUGCCUGUUUACGAUAAGCCUGUGUAUGAUGAGGAUAUUUUUGAUGGGUUGCCGGGUUUGAAGAGCAAAUCAGCUGCAACGGCUGUGAGAUUUGAGGAUGACAUGUUUUCCACGAUUUCGUCGCCACCAACGGGCAAGAGCAGGAACCAGAGCAGUGAUUUUGAUGAUUUGUUGGGGAACUUAGGGAGAAAUGAGAAAGGAGGGGAGAGUAACAUGGGCAGUAGUGCUAAGAGUAGCUCGGGUACAAAGGGAUUUGAUGAUUUGUUACCUGGGUUCGGCAGUGCCAGUCCUGCUGCUAGCAACAGACCAGUACCAGAGUCGAGGUGGGGCUCUGUACCCGCUGCUGGUUCGAAGCACGGAAAUAUGCUGGAUGAUCCUUUUGUAGUUCUAGGAUCAGAUUCAACCCCGCACUCAUCUUCUGGGGUAUUUACUGAUCCUCUGGAAGAUAUUGCAAAGCUUAGUAAGUCUAGAAGUGCGAGGGCCGAAGUUUCUUCUGGUACAGGUGGAGCAUUUGAUGACGUAGACCCCCUUGGGACUAGUGGAAAAUCUGCACAUGUAUUGUCCCCUGGGAGAGAUCACAUAGGUAAGGGUGGGAGCCCUUCUAGAUCAGAAAUGCCACAAUCUUCUACUGGCCGGGAACCAAUGAGGACCUCGUCUUUCAGAUAUUCAGAAAGCAGUACAGCAAAGAAAGAUCCUGUAGACAAUUUUCAGGAAUCUCCCUUAUUUGAUAUACAUAAUGUUUCAACAGAUUCACAGAAAUCAUUUGGUCAGACUGCUUCUCCUCAAUAUUAUGGAACAGGCCCACAGGUCGAUAUGUCACAAGUAUCAGAACAGGGACAUCAAAAUGACGAUGUAUGGCUCACUGUGUCUGAGAUUCCACUUUUUACACAGCCUACAGCUGCUCCACCCCCAUCACGACAUCCUCCACCUAUACCCCGUAAAUCUUCAAAGUCUGAGACAGGUUCCUAUUUUUCAAGUUCAAGAAAGAAGGGAGAUGAGUUCUCUUCACCUUCAUAUAAUUCUCAGCACUUCGAAAGUUCUAAGCCCGAGUGGUCUGCAGACAAGAGCCCUCCAGCUUCACAGUUUGAUGAGCUUGAUGAUUUUGCCACGGGCAGAUCACAAAACAGUACUGAUGAAAAUGUGAAUCUUCACUCGUCCACCAAUCCUUUCUCUGCAGCUGCUGCAUCGGCCGCUGCAAUGAAAGAUGCCAUGGAUAAAGCUGAGGCUAAAUUCAGACAUGCUAAGGAAGUGCGUGAAAGAGAGCACGCAAAAGCCGCCAGGUAUAAGGACUCGCGGCCGUUGGAGAAAGAUGAAACAGACAGUCAGGAAAGAGAAUACAAGGAAACGCAGGAGAGAUUAGAACGUGAAAGGCAACAAGGUGAAGAAGAAAUUGAGAUGAAGAGGCUCGAGAGGGAGAGGUUAAGGGAGAUUGAAAGGGUGAAGGCCAGACAGGCUGUCGAAAGGGCUAAUAGGGAAGCACGUGAACGAGCUGCUGCUGAUGCUCGAUUGAAAGUUGAAAGGGCUGCUGUUGAGAAGGCAAACGCUGAAGCUCGGGCACGUGCCGGAAGAGUAGCUGUUCAAAGGGCACAAGCUGAAGCUCGUGAAAGAGCUGCUGCCGAAGCUAGAGAAAGAGCGGAAAAAGCUGCUGCAGAAGCUAGGGAAACAGCUGCUGCCGAAGCAAGGGAGAAAGAGACUCGAGACAGAGCUGCUGUGGCAAGGGCAGAAGCAGAAGCCAGGCGUCAAGCCGAACGAGCUGCCGUUGAGAGGGCAGCUGCUGAGGCCAGGGGGAGAGCCGCUGCGGAAGCUCGAGAAAGGGCGGCUGCAGCUGCAGCUUCAAAGAUGAAUGAACAAAAGAAUGAUAAUGAUCUUGAAUCUUUUUUCAGCAUGGGCCGAGCAAGCAGUGCACCGAGAGAUCGAACAAACUCAACUGAUCCGUUUUCUGAUCAGUUCCAGAACAAGGGUGGAUCCGAAGAUGCUAAAAGGACACCGCCAAGUAGUGGUGCCACGUCUAACAUGAAGAAAGCUUCUUCAUCUACCAAUUUUGUCGAUGAUCUUUCUUCUAUAUUUGGGACUGCUUCUUCGGCUGGAGAGUUCCAGGAAGUUGAAGGCGAAACUGAAGAAAGAAGAAGGGCCAGACUGGAUCGCCAUCAGCGCACUCAAGAGAGAGCGGCAAAAGCAUUGGCCGAGAAAAAUCAGCGAGACCUUCAAGCUCAGAGAGAACAAGAAGAAAGACAUAGGAUUGCUGAGACGUUGGAUAUUGAAAUCAAGCGUUGGGCUGCUGGCAAAGAAGGAAACUUGCGGGCUUUACUGUCGACUUUACAAUAUGUACUUUGGCCUGAAUGUGGGUGGCAGGCUGUGUCUUUGACCGAUUUGAUCACUGGAGCCUCUGUCAAAAAAGUUUAUAGAAAAGCAACACUAUGCAUUCACCCCGACAAGGUGCAGCAAAAGGGUGCCACUCUUCAGCAGAAGUAUAUUGCAGAGAAGGUUUUUGACCUGCUAAAGGAAGCUUGGAAUAAAUUUAACUCAGAGGAGCUCUUCUAA